CCCGGCGGCGGCUCCGCGGGGGAAGCAGCGAGGCUGGCGCAGCGCCGAGGCCGCGGCCCUGGGGGCCCGCAAUCUGCAUCCAAGAACCCGCGAGUGUGUCGCGCUGAGCGCAGCCACUGCCCGACGCAGACCGUCAAGAAGCUUCUGGAAGAACAGAGGCGCCGGCAGCAGCAGCCAGAAGCGGGCGGGGUGCCGGGACACUUCUCCCCUCCUCUGGUCCAGCCCCCGACGCCAUCCGUGAACGAGGCAGAGGCAGGCCAUACCCACUUCCCCGCCUUCCAAGAGACUGUGGAUUCUGGACCUGGCAACCUGGCUCCCCCUUCAGGCUUUGCCGACUGGGACCCUAGCACCCAUGCUACCUAUAUAGACAGCUCUUGCCCGUACUCUGCUGCCGAAGGCUUCCUGGUUCCUGAUUUCUACACAACAUCAGACCCAGGGCGGUCAGGCCCAUUUCCCCUGGGGAUGGAGGACUCUCUGGAUACCCAGCUCUAUACAGAACCUUCCCUGUCGCAGGUAGGAUCCUGGAUAGCCGCUGGCCUCCCCUCAGGAUCCCCACAGUUGCCUCCGUCUACCGGACCCUCCCUGGAGACAGCGCGAGCUCACAUAUUGGCUCUGGGGCCCCAACAGCUAUUGGCCCAGGAUGAGGAAGGAGACACGCUCUUGCACCUGUUUGCUGCUCGGGGGCUGCGCUGGGCAGCUUACGCUGCAGCGGAGGUGUUCCAGAUGUACCGACAGCUGGAUAUUCGUGAACAUAAGGGCAAGACGCCCCUCCUGGUGGCAGCCGCUGCCAACCAGCCGCUGAUCGUGGGAGACCUGCUGAGUCUGGGAGCGGAGCCUAACGCCACCGACCAUCAGGGCCGUUCUGUCUUGCAUGUGGCUGCCACCUACGGGCUCCCAGGAGUCCUUUCGGCUGUGUUUAAAUCAGGCCUUCAAGUAGACCUGGAAGCCAGAGACUUUGAAGGCCUUACCCCCCUCCACACGGCCAUCCUGGCUCUCAACGCUGCUAUGUUCCCACCCACUGUCUGUCCAAGGAUGCUGAGUUCCCAAGCCCGAGACAGACUGGCUUGUGUGCAGAUGUUGCUGCAAAUGGGUGCCAGUCAUACCAGCCAGGAGAUCAAGAGCAACAAGACCAUUCUGCACUUGGCUGUCCAGGCCGCCAACCCUCCCCUGGUUCAGUUGCUGCUGGGGCUGCCGAGGGGGGACCUGCGGGCCUUUGUCAAUAUGAAGGCACAUGGGAACACGGCCCUCCACAUGGCUGCUGCCCUGCCCCCCGGGCCGCCCCAGGAGGCCAUCGUGCGCCACCUGCUGGCGGCUGGAGCGGACCCCACGCUGCGCAACCUGGAGAACGAGCAGCCGGUCCACUUGCUGCGACCCGGGCCGGGCCCUGAGGGGCUCCGGCAGCUGUUGAAGAGGAGCCGUGCGGCACCCCCAGGCUUGUCCUCUUAGGACUGAAAUCCAGAACCUGGACUGAUUUUUCCAGUCCCCACCGUCCCGUGGGACAGUCAGUGUAUGCUCAUGUCGCAGAUCCAUGAUAACGUAUGUGUAAUAUCCUGCCAUUAGGGUCUUACAUUAAAACCUCAGAGUGGCACUGGGAGAGGUGAGCGGUCCCCAAUAUUUGGGGUCACGUGAUACCUCCUCCCCCUACAAGGGGCUGUCUAGAUGAUUUCUGUGAAAUCGAACCCACUUGACCGUUUCUGUGAAACGCCCUAGAAACCUAUAACUCUCUCUGGAUCGGUUACGAUCACCGCCCCCCAGGCCCAGUCUCACACCCCAGAAACCCCAGUGGGGCCUCCAUGAGAGUUGAGGCAUCCCAGUACCAUCCCAUCAGUGUCCCUCCCCAGGACCCACACCCCUUAGGUGUCGGAAAGGUGGCAUUAAAGGGCUCUGAGUCCUGACUGCAUUGUCACUUAGAACUCAAUGUUCCAGGCUCAAUGUCUCAGUGAAUCUAUCCCCUUGACCUGUGUAUUGCUGUAGCUACCAAUUAAACUCUAU